AUGUCGUCAAAAGUAUCCCUCGCUUUCCCGUACACGCGAGCAUCAGGGACAACUGUAGUCUCUAGUGCAGCCCCGAUGUCCGUGCGGGGAGCAUCGCUAAGCGCCUGGGCGUUUUCGGAGGAUCAUGCCAGCGAGGGUCAGCAGGGUCCAAACGAAACGGGCGCUUGGAUCCCUUGUCUGGGCAAGUUUCGAGGAGAAGCCUUUGCUGAUCUCGGUCGGGAGUUGGACUGGGGACCAGGGGGCAAUGGUUUAAGAAAAGGAUUAAACGGGGCCGGGUUGCAAAAGUUACAAGCGAACUGCGCCCGAGGUGCUCUUGCUAGUGCGAUACCGCCUGGAACAGCACCUUCCGCUGUCACCCCGUCCGCUCGAGCUGCAGGAUUUUGGCUUCACCUAAGGACACACCAGCAGCAAAACCACCAAAACAAAAAGUGCCGACCGCACCAUAGCUCGUCGCAAAACGGCUGGACCAACGGGGCUUACUCCCUGAUGCAAGACCAGCUGGGCUACAGCCAGCACCCGGGCAUGAACAGCCCGCAGCUGCAGCAGAUGCAGCACCGCUACGACAUGACGGGCCUGCAGUACAGCCCCAUGAUGUCCACGGCCCAGACCUACAUGAACGCCGCCUCCACCUACAGCAUGUCCCCCGCCGCCUACGGCCAGCAGCCCUCCACCGCCAUGAGCCUGGGCUCCAUGGGCUCCGUGGUGAAAUCCGAGCCCAGCUCGCCGCCUCCCGCCAUCGCUUCCCACUCGCAGAGGGCCUGCCUGGGAGACCUGCGGGAUAUGAUCAGCAUGUACCUGCCCCCGGGGGGGGAUGCCACAGACCCUUCCUCCCUGCAGGGCAGCAGGUUGCACAGCGUCCACCAGCACUACCAGAGUGCCGGGACUGGCGUGAACGGCACCGUACCGCUAACUCACAUAUAA